AUGCUAGGUGAAAUAAAUAAUGUUGAAAAUGAGGAGAAUUCAAUUCUGACUAAUAAUAUGAAUAUGCCUACCUUUGAAAAUGACUUCAACUACAGUCUUUUCUCCUUGAAUUUGGAGGACUUUCACGGUACCCUUCUCUCAGCGGCCCAGGCAGAACAUACAAAGGUGCGAGAGAGAGCUUUGCGCCUCCUUGAAUUAGACAGAAUACGAUGUGAGCGAGAGGCCUUGAAGGAAGCAGCAGAUGCAGCGGAAGAGCGCGUUCGUAUAGAAAGCGAAAAAGUUCGCGAAGAGUGUCGCAUUCGUGAGGCCGAGAAGAAGGUCAGGGAGAUCUCAAAGCCAAUAACCUUGCCACCAUUACAGCCUCAUGUUCCAACCUCUUCUACAGUGGGCGCUCAACCCGUGCAACCAACAAUCGCUUUUCCGUCCUUUCCGAUCAAAGCUACCUCGCAAAAUGGAGCUCUGGCAUCAAAAUCGCAACCAUUGGUCGAAUCGAAACGAGACAAUAUCAUUGAACUCGCGACGACCAAGAGACCUCUUGUUCCAUCUAGUGUUACAGUGUCUACUUCUACGGCAUUACCGACAAUUAAACCUUCCCUAUCCACUGCCAAAUUAGUAUCAAAUACCAAAGAACAGUCAAUCGUCACGCCACAGCCUACUACGUUUGGAUCACCGACAGUGGCAACUGGAAAGCUUGAUCAGGUAGGAAAGUUUUCUAUAUCACAACCUAGUGCCUCAGCAAAAGUUCUGAACCAAUCCACCGCGCAAAGAUCAAAAUUUCACCAGCAAACCCAGAAUUUUGUAAACACGACACGCUAUCGAGAGAUUCAUGCAGAAAUGAAACGCGUGCGGAAACUUGUCGAAGACCAGGUCGACCCUGACGGAAACUCUAUGAAGCUGAAGAACACAUGUAGUGAGGGUCGGCGUGAGAUUACCAAAGCACUUGGUCAAUUAGUCGUGGGAGGCAAUAAUUCGACUAUUGUGAAUAAGGUUAUACUUAAACUUCGAGAGGCCCUCAAGACAAAUUACCAGCCUAUCCCAGUAUCCCUGUUUACUGUUAAAAAUCAUGAAGCAGUUUCAGGAGCGACAUUGACUGAAGACGGUGUCGACAUGAACUCGGAUAAGUUACCAAUUGUUUUCAUCUAUCUGAUCGGUUCUCUUUGCAAGUCAAUAUGUGCUCAAUUGGUCAGUGAGGCAGCUGUGAAGCCUCUAGCUGCCACCCCUAUUGGUAUCCUCACGGCCAAGAUAUUCUCGGAUCCACGACUUCAUUGGCGGGGUAAGUCACUAAUUGAUGUUUUAAUAUCCAAAAUAUUUAUUGCCUGUCCUAUUCUGUUUGGAGUAAGUGGGGAUGAUUUGACGGAAGAAGGCCGAGUUCGAAUCGGCUGGCGCAAGAUUAAUGGGCGUUUUAUUUCGGAGCAGGCGCACUACGACCGUAUGUCAGGUAUUGCUGCUGGGUAUGCAGCUAUUUCCCUUCGGGACUUCAGCCGGACGAAAUGGACUAACCCUUAUCCACCAGUCAACUACUGGUUUGCACUAUCAGCGGUAGUAAGUACACCCGACAGAGUGAAUUCACCUAGCCGUUUUGUUGUCCUAAAAAGCUUGGUUGAGCAUAGUUUUCCUCGCUUCAUCCAAUUCUACGGCGACAUGGCAAUUGCAGCACUACACGCAGCCCUAGUAGAGUUUCCUAAACGAGGGGCUGAAAAUAACCCAGCGGUAGGUACGCUCAAAGCACUGGGUACGACGCUUUUGAGAGAUCACGGACUCAAGUUAUGA